AUGCUUCCUCUCUUCAUCAAGAUGCUUCCUCUCUUCUUCAAAGUACUUCCUCUCUUCAUCAAGAUGCUUCCUCUCUUCAACAAAGUGCUUCCUCUCUUGAUCAAGAUGCUUCCUCUCUUGAUCAAGGUGCUUCCUCGCUUGAUCAAGGUGCUUCCUCUCUUCAUCAAGGUGCUUCCUCGCUUCAUCAAGAUGCUUCCUCUCUUCAACAAAGUGCUUCCUCGCUUGAUCAAGGUGCUUCCUCUCUUCAUCAUGCAGCUUCCUCUCUUCAUCAAGGUGCUUCCUCUCUUAAUCAAGAUGCUUCCUCUCUUCAUCAAGGUGCUUCCUCUCUUCAUCAAGGUGCUUCCUCUCUUCAACAAAGUGCUUCCUCUCUUGAUCAAGAUGCUUGCUCACUCCAUCAUGCAGCUUCCUCUCUUGAUCAAGAUGCUUCCUCUCUAA